AGAAUGAAUAAUAACAUAAACACACGUAUUUCAUUUUAUGCACUACCGGUAUCGGUAUCUUAGUCACUAACAGUUUAUAAAAAUGAGCUGUACUUUUAGUCCAAAAGCGUAUCAAACUAGAAAAAUUCAAUUUUCAGCAUGCCAUAGGUUGCACAGUCCUCAUUUAACAGAUUCGGAAAAUGAAGCUACAUAUGGAAAGUGUAACCACAUAAAUGGGCAUGGACAUAACUAUAUAGUGAAAGUAACUUUAUUUGGAGAAGUCCAUGUUGAAACUGGAAUGAUACUGAAUAUGACUGAAUUGAAAAAAUACAUGGAAGAAGCAAUUAUGAAGCCGAUGGACCAUAAGAAUUUAGACAAGGAUGUUGAAUAUUUUUUUACCAGGCCCAGUACAACAGAAAAUGUAUCAAUUUUCAUCUGGAUGAGAAUGAAAGAAGUUAUGAAAAAUCCAGAAUUAUUAUAUGAAGUUGAAGUUCAUGAAACUGAAAAUAACAUAGUAAAAUAUCGUGGAGAAUAGUUAAAUAUACAUAGAUGAUACUGUUUUAUAAAAUGAACUACAUUAAUAUACAGGCAACUCUUGCCAAAUUGAAACCUGUGA